AUGCUAAGUGAAGCAAGUCUUCCGACCUAUUUUUGGGCUGAAGCUGUCAAUAYAGCAUGCUUUACUCAAAAUAGGUCUAUAAGUGUGAAAAGACACAAUAAGACUGCUUAUGAAGUAUAUCAUGGCAGAAAACCAAACAUCAGCUUCCUUCAUGUGUUUGGUAGUGCAUGCUAUAUUUUGAAUGACAGAGAUCAGUUAGGAAAGUUUGAUUCUAAAUCUGACGAAGGAAUCUUUAUUGGUUACUCUCUCUUCUCUAAAGCCUACCGGGUGUACAACUUGCGUCGUCAAUGCAUUGAUGAAUCUGUCAAUGUCAGAUUUGAUGCAUCUGGAUCGGUGCCUGCAACAUCAUCAUUCCAAAGUGAUGAUCUUGAGCUCAAUAAGUGGUUGGAAUCUCACUCCUCUGAGAAUUCAACUCCWCUCGGUGAACCUGCACAUUCUAAUGGAAAUGAUGUUCCACCUGCUGARGAAGAUGAGAAUGAAGAUCUUUCAUUCAACAUGUAUAUCCCAUCAGCCUGUCCUGAACAAGAACAAGCUGAUCCGGUACCUCUUUCCUGUGUGGAACCCUCAAAUGUUGUUGAUGUUCCUAUUUCUUCUACUAGGGACAUUUGUGAUCCAACCUCAGUAGUUGUCUAUUCCAAUCCUUUGACGAAUGCUGACGGUGCAUCUACCUCUCUUCCUCUUCCUCUUUCUCUUUCUCCUGCCACUAAGUGGACCAGAGAUCACCCUAUAGAUCAAAUCAUUGGUGAUCAGCAAGCAGGUGUCYAAACACGUCGUGGUGCUG